AAGAUAAACUGCCUGUUCGGACAUAUGAAAGAUAUGCUUUGUCAGAGAGUUGCAGAAGAAGUCUUUCCCAUGCUUACCACUUCACCUCUCUCUCUCUCUCUUCUCUUUCUAUUUCUCGUACCUUCUCCACUGUAAUAACCUCCCCAAUUCGAAAAACCCAAACUUGCUUAGAUUGUAUAUUUUUCUUUAUCAUCUCUCUACGAAAUGCAAGAUAUUCAUGAUUACUCGAUGACCGGAGGUGGCGGUGGUGGAGGAGGAGGGAGGUUUUUCGGUGGAGGAAUCGGCGGAGGAGGAGGUGGAGAUCGGAGGAUGAGAGCUCAUCAGAACAGUAUACUUAACCAUCACCAAUCUCUCAAGUGUCCUCGUUGUAACUCUCUUAACACAAAGUUCUGUUACUAUAACAAUUACAAUCUUUCUCAGCCUAGACACUUUUGCAAGAACUGUCGUCGUUACUGGACUAAAGGUGGUGUUCUACGUAACGUCCCCGUCGGAGGUGGUUGCCGGAAAGCUAAAAGAUCGAAAACAAAGCAGCCUACGUCUUCCUCCUCUGCCGACAAAUUACCAACCACGACGCAGCAAGAACAUAACGUGGAGGACAAAUCAAGUACGGGAUCUCACUCUAGCAGCGAGAGCUCUUCUCUCACCGCUUCUAACUCUACCACCGUCGCCGCCGUGUCCGUCACCGCGGCGGCGGAGGUUGCUUCGUCGGUUGUUCCCGGUUUUGACAUGCCUAAUCUUAAACUGUAUGGUAACGGGAUCGAGUGGUCGACGUUGCUUGGACAAGGCUCAUCGGACGGUGGAGUUUUCUCUGAGAUCGGAGGCUUUACUGCGGCGUCGGCGAUCGAAACGGCUCCGUUUGGAUUCGGGGGAAAGUUCGUAAACCAAGAUGAUCAUCUGAAGUUGGAGAGUGAAACUGUACAGCAGCAACAGUUUGGGGAUCGAACGGCUCAGGUUGAGUUUCAAGGAAGAUCUUCUGAUCCAAAUAUGGGAUUUGAACCGUUGGAUUGGGGAAGUAGCGGAGGAGAUCAAACACUGUUUGAUCUAACUAGCACCGUUGAUCAUGCAUACUGGAGUCAAAGUCAAUGGACGUCUUCUGACCAAGAUCAGAAUGGUCUCUACCUGCCUUGAGUCUCUUCAUAGCUUCUUCUUCUUCUUCUUAACCCAAAAAAAAAAUAUAGUAUAUUCUAUACACAUAAGGUAAAAAAGUUCGAUGAAGUGGUUUUUAUUUUAUUUUAUCAUAAUGGGUUUAAAACGGGAUUUAUUAUAUAAUUAUAUGACUGCUUGUAAAAAAUUUUCCCACAUAUAAAAUUUUACCUCUUUUUUUUUUUUGGAAUAGUCCAAGAGUGCAAAUUUAUAUGGCUUAGGUUCAGUUUUCGAACUAGCCGUUUUUACUUAUCGUUGUAUAUUUGAUAAGGUUUUAAUUUUUCUGGGAUUUUUUUUUAUUUCUUUUGUUUGUUUUCAUUGAUGUAUCUAAUAAAUUUAUAUAUUUGAUUGGGCAUACAAAAUCUUCGCUUCUGCUUC